AUGUCAUCGGCGAAGGAUCUCGUCGAGUUUCCCGAUGUGGAGGCGAAGCUCCAAAAGCCCUCGAAGCAAUCCGCCUUCGAGAAACAGAGAGCCGAGGCAGAGGCAAAGAAAGCCCGCGAGGCUGCCGAGACAGCCGCAGUAUACCAAGAUUUCGUCAAGAGCUUCGAUCACGACGAUGAGGAUAACGCGAGCACCGGCCGCUUCGGCUCCAUGUCCUCACAAAGACACCCUCCGAAGGCCCCUGGCUUUGGCGGCGCGCCCCUAGGCGCGACUGCAGCAUCCAGAAGGCACUUUGGCGCAUCCGCCCUCAAGAGCGGUCCGGGAAGUCUGGGUCCUGUUGCCAGCUUCAAGAGCGGCCCAGGGAGCUUGGGGCCUCCGCCAGCGUCUUUGGGAAGGAAGAGGGGGUUUGACGCAUUCCGACAGGAGAAGGACAGAGACGGCAGGCUUGGAUUCGAAGAACGCGAGGAGCCCAUGUCAGUUGCAAAGGUUUUCAAUAACAGCGACGACGAGGACGAAGCGAACCCCGACUCGAGGGCGGAGGAGAUGGCAGUUGCCAGGCCGACCUUGCGCCUAUCCCAGCUGCCGCCAGGGACCUCACCCGCGUUCAUCAAGUCGCUGAUUCCAACCAACCUGACGGUCGAUAACGUCAAGAUCCUGCCCCCCGUGGGACCCUCUGGUACGGAGAGAAAAUGCGCCGUGGCCAUUGUCACAUUGUCGCAGGACACUCCAGCAACGGACAUUGACGCAGCAGUCAGCUCGCUUCAGAACCGCUACCUUGGCUACGGUUUCAACCUUUCACUACACCGUCAUCUCUCCUCGACCGUAGCGACGGCCACGGCAUCUACGCUCGGCAGUACAUCUGCCGGAUCCCACCCUUUUGGCGCCAAACCUGUUUCGCAGCAGACGACACCGGGCAACGCAACGACGCAACAUGCUUUCCACCGAGGCUUUGCACCGCCGACCUCUUAUGCGCCAAACAUGGGAGGACCUAUCAACCGAAGCAGCAUUCUCCAUGUCCCAGUCAAACCGCCAAACGACGUCAAGAUGGUCCAACUAAUCAACAAGACCAUCGAGUCCGUCCUUGAGCAUGGCGUGGAGUUCGAGGCGCUGCUGAUGAGCCGUCCCGAGGUGCAGCGCGAAGAGAAGUGGGCUUGGAUUUGGGAUGCCCGUAGCGAAGGGGGUAUUUGGUACCGUUGGCGACUGUGGGAGAUUGUCACAGGUGCAUCUUCUCGCAGUAACAAGGGGAGGUAUCUGCCGCUAUUCGACGGAAGUCACGCUUGGAAAGCUCCAGAAAAAGGCCUACCGUACGAGUUCGUUACCAAUGUCGACGAGUUCGUGUCCGACUUGGACUACAACUCUUCAGACGACGAAGACUUUGACGGGGACAACCGCGAGAACCAGAACCAAGGCCCCGAGGCAGAGGCCACUUUCUUGAACCCUCUCGACAAAGCCAAACUAACCCACCUCUUGUCCCGCCUGCCCACUACCUUAUCCAAGAUCCGAAAGGGGGAUAUUGCUCGAGUUACAGCGUUUGCUCUUACACAUGCGAGCCGAGGAGCCGAAGAGGUUGUCGAUAUGAUUGUGUCGAAUGUCGAGAGGCCAUUCGCGCUAACGGCGGCCAACCCGGACUUUCAUUCCAGCAUCAAAGACAAGGGGAAGCAAGGGGACGGGUCCGAACUACCUGCGCCCGAACCAGAAGAGAAAACCGACAAGGAGGGCCCCGAUACCAGCGGCGCCAGCCUUGUGGGCCUGUACGUUGUCAGCGACGUACUGUCCGCCUCUUCCAGUAGCGGCAUACAGCGCGCUUGGCGAUAUCGACAGGUCUUCGAAGGUGUGCUCAAAGAGCGCAGGAUCUUCGAGCAUCUUGGCCUGAUGGCGGAGAGACUGAACUGGGGCCGGAUGCGGGCCGAAAAGUGGAAGCGGAGCGUUGGUCUCGUUCUCGGCCUCUGGGAGGGCUGGUGUGUGUUCCCGACGGAGAGUCAGGAGCUGUUCGCCAGCAGUUUCGACAACCCGCCAUCUUUGAAGACACAAGAGCAAAUAGAAGAUGACGCAGCGAAGAAGGGCAGGUGGAAGCCAGUCGAGACCUCAACGCCAAGCGCCGAUGUUGCCACCACCAAGACUGACCAAACGGCACCGGAGCCGACAUUGGCUGACAAAGAUGAUGAUGUUGAAGGCGAACCAAUGGACGAAGAAGACGUUGCUGGUGAACCCAUGGAGGAGGAGGAUGUCAUGGGCGAGCCAAUGAGCGAGGAGGAUGUGGAGGGAGAGCCCAUGGUGGACGACGACGUCGAAGGGGAACCGAUGGAGGAGGAUGCGCGCGAGCCAGUGGAGGACCAGCCAGGCCCGGCAAAGUCGAGCAAGGUGGGAGGAGUGGCAGAAGAUGCGGAAACCGGCGAGACACGCACGAUCGGACGGCUGCAGCUACAAACCACGGCGAAGGCUCAGACCAGGAAACGGAUGAGAGCGGUGGAUAUGUUCGCCGACUCUGGGGACUCGGAUUAG